GAAUAAAGAGCCCUCAGGAACUGCGUGGAAACGGAACCUUAGGAGACUGGGUCGGAAAUCCUGUAGGAAAGAAAAAAAAGUGCUCUUGCUGGCACGUGUUAUCAGAUGUUGGGGGCUACACUGCGCUAGAGCUGACAGGCAGCUCCUUGAGGGGUGUGUUUGCGUGUGAGAAGUGAUGGGCAGUUGGGCCUAACCUCUCCUAACUUGGGACUUCUCGGAGGAAGAAGGAGUGGAUAGAUGCCCAGCAUUCAUGAAAGCCAACAGAGAAAUGAAGCGCCUGUUUGUGGGUGGGCUUGGACAAGGCAUUUCUGAGACAGACCUACAAAAUCAGUUCAGCAGAUUUGGAGAAGUUUCUGAUGUGGAGAUCAUCACUCGGAAAGAUGACCAAGGAAAUUCACAAAAGGUCUUUGCAUAUGUUAACAUCAAAAUAACAGAAGCAGACCUGAAAAAAUGUAUGUCUAUUUUAAACAAAACAAAAUGGAAAGGUGGAACACUACAAAUUCAACUAGCAAAAGAAAGUUUUUUACACAGAUUAGCCCAAGAAAGAGAAGAAGCAAAAGCAAAGGAAGAAAAAUCAACCACUGGCAACACCACCUUAUUGGAAAAGAUGGGAGGAGUAGAUUUCCAUAUGAAAGCUGUGCCUGGAACAGAGGUACCAGGACAUAAAAAUUGGGUUGUGAGUAAAUUUGGAAGAGUCCUACCUGUUCUUCACCUUAAGAAUCAACAUAAACGUAAAAUUAUGAAAUAUGAUCCAUCAAAAUACUGCCACAACCUAAAAAAGAUAUCGGAGGAUUUGACAAAAACCAUUCCCAUAGCUGACCUCACUUGGGAACUGGAGGGAGGCAAUGACCCUAUGAGUAAGAAACGUCGAGGAGAGUUUUCUGAUUUCCCUUUCCCUCCCCAGAAGAUUAAGAAAGUACAGAAGGGCAAGGGUCCCAUAGAGUUGAAGGGUUCUGAUACUAGUCUAAGGACUAAUGAGGUGAUGGAGAGUAACAAAUCGCCACAGCCAAUGACUGCACACAGGAAAGCCCCUAGUGCCGUUAUACCUUCUAAAUCUCUCCUUGUGGCCAGUUCUGGGACUCAGAAACCUAAACAUGUGGUUUUUCAUACUUCUGACUUUGAAAUUAUCUGGAAUAAAAGUAGCAUGUCUGAUGAUGACAUUGACUCUGAAGAUGAAUUAAAAAUGAUGAUUGCAGAAGAGGAAAACUUACAGAAAACUAGGCAUUCCUUGGGAAAUGAAUCUGAAGGUGAUCCUUUUGAAGUUGUGAGGGAUGAUUUCAAAUCAGAUAUUCACAAACCUCAUUCUUCAACCAAUUUAGGAAAUGACUGUGACUAUGACUCAAGCGAUACAGAUGAAAUUAUUGCAAUGAAAAAAAGCAUUGUUAAGGUGAAAAACAGUACUGCAUCUCCACAACCAGAAAAGCCUAUAAGCGAGAAAAGUUCUUUUAAAAAGAUAGAGCCUUCUAAUGGUUGUGUUGAAGUACAAAAAACUAAAAGCAACAAAGAAUCAGCUCCGGGUCAUGGAGUAAAGUUUCUGAAUUGUAGAUUUUCACCUGACUCCAACAUCAGUGAUAGUGAAGAGUCUGAGGAAGAUGAAGAGUAUAAAGCCUUGAUGAGAAACUGUCCCCGAGUGAAUCUCACUUUGGCUGACUUGGAACAGUUGGCUGGCCGUCAGCAGAAGGUUCCAGGAGAAGAUAAUGAGAGUGAUGGUCCCCAAAACGCCAAUCACUGCAAACUUGAUACUACCUCCAAGAGUCCUAAGACUUCCUAUGACCUGUCCAAUGGCCGGCAGUGUAUUUGUCCUGAGGAGAUUGUGGCCUCCCUUUUAGAGGAGGAGAACACUUACAACAAACAAAAACCAGAGGAAGACACCUUAAAGCCAAAAUUCCAGGCCUUCAAGGGAAUAGGUGGUCUCUAUGCAAAGGAGUCAAUGGAUAAAACUUUGAAAGAGACUGCUGCCUUUAAAAGUAUCAGUGAACACCAGAGUUCCUUGAAACAUGAAGAUCCUAAUAGAAUUUUUAUAGAAAAUGGAUCCAAGUGUGCUAAUGGCUCAUCCAUCAAACUGACUUCAUGCCAACCUGCAAAGAAGGUGAACAGCCCAAGCCACAUUCAGCCUCCAAUGAGACAGUAUACUUUGGAGAGACAUAAAGUAGUGUCCUCUACUAGUUUUGACAAGGAAAGUCAAAAUCCUCUCUCAUGUGCGUUGCCAUUAAAAGGUAGUAAGUCCCUAAGUCUUAGUGUAAAGAGUCACAAGAUAGACUCUGACAGAGACACUUGCCAUCAGCCUGAAAGUAGAAAAGCUUCAGAGCAAGAAGGCCCUGAUUCAAGCACCAUCACAUCUCGCGAGAAACCACCAAAGCCGUCUCUCAGGGAAGAUCCUCAAAGCACAGCUGGUUUCUCACUUUCUGUUAGUAAUGCAUCAUGUAUGAGUGCUAAGCAUGCUGAAGACAAUCAGAAGCGACUAGCAGCCUUAGCAGUGUGGCAGAAAGCCAGAGAAGUGCAGAAGAAACUGGUACACAAUGCGUUGGCAAAUUUGGAUGGUCAUCCAGAGAACAAAAAAACACACAUUGUCUUUGCUUCUGAUAAUGAAAGUGAAACGGAAGGGACAUCCACUCCUGAGCAAAACUGUGUAGGGAAAGAGCUGGUGAAGGAAUCUGUGGGUAAAGCAUCUGGGAAGUUAUUUGACAGCAGUGAUGAUGAAGAAUCCGAUUCCAAGGAGGACAGCACCAGGUUCAACAUUAAGCCUCAGUUUGAGGGCAGAGCUGGCCAGAAGCUCAUGGACUUGCAGUCUCAUUUUGGAAAUGAUGAACGAUUCCGAAUGGACUCUAGAUUUUUAGAGAGUGACAGUGAAGAGGAACAGAAAGAGUUAAAUGAAAAUCUAACUAAUGAAGAUGAGCUAGCUGCAGAAAAAAAGAAAACACUGAAUGUUGUACAAAGUGUUUUGAACAUCAAUUUGAGCAACCCUACAAGCAAAGGAUCAGUAGCUGCUAAGAAAUUUAAGGACAUCGUACAUUAUGACCCAACAAAGCAUGACCAUGCCAUUUAUGAAAGAAAACAAGAAGAUAAAGAAAAAGAAAGUAAAGCCAAACGGAAGAAGAAAAGGGAAGAAGCUGAGAAACUGCCUGAGGUAUCCCAAGACAUGUAUUAUAACAUCACUACAGAUUUGAAAGAAAUAUUCCAAAGCUUGAAGAACACAGAUGAAAAGGAAGAGGACAUGCCCUGGAAUGAGGAUUGUGGUAGAGAAGAAACUGGGGAAAUCAGUAAUUCUGCAACCCUGACAAAUGGCACAGAGCAGACCAGCGGGUUCACCUUCUCGUUUUUUGAUUCAGACACUAAAGAUGUAAAGGAAGACACCUAUAGAGUCGAACCAGUAAAACGUGGGAAGACAGUCUGUCAUGAAGAUCCCCGCUUCCAAGAUAGUAGUUCAGAAGAAGAAGAAGAAGAAGAAGAAGAAGAAGAAGAAGAAGAAGAAGAAGAAGAAGAAGAAGAUGAUGAUGAUGUUACUAAGGAAACAGAUCACAGAAGGCCCAGCCCUGGAGAAGCAUUUCCUGAGAAAGAGACCACUAGAUUUUUCUUUUUCUCUGAGAAUGACGACAGACUUCGUGGUUCUAACUUAUUCUGGAGUGGUGUGGGAAGUAGUGUUAGCAGAAAUUCCUGGGAAGCCCGAACAAGUAGUCUCCUUUUGGAUUGUCGGAAGAAACAUAAAGAAGCUAAAAGGAAGAUGAAAGCAAAUUAACCAAUAUCAGCUUUGAUUUUGGUAUUGAAUGUGCAAAUGGCUCACCAAAUCUCCAAAAGAAAUUAACCCAGAAAAUUGUUUACUGACAAAGAAGAAAUUUCAGAGUAGAAAAUAUUCAAAGCCUGGAUGAUGAUUUAUCAUUCUGAUUACUAUUUGUUUCUAUGGAAUUCUUCUGUAUUUCUUCCUUGGUGACUGUGUCAAAAAAUGAACUGAGCCAGUUGUGGUGAUACAGUAGUCUCAGCACUCUGGAGGGGAAGUGGGAGGGUCAUUUGAGCCCUGGAGUUUCAGGCCACACUCAGCACACAGCAACACCCCGCCUAGAACAGUACUCACUCUUGUUCUUCAUCCUAAAUAACUGUGGCCAUCUCUUACACAAAGCCCUGUUUAAGAAAUGGUUUGAUUACUUGUGCUUAAAUAUUUCUGAUUAUACUAAAUAUUCUUUACUUCCAAUUUGUCUUGUAAAACUCAAUUACAAGUCAACUUUGAGUUCUGUACUUAUGCUCUGAUGACAAGUUGAAACUUUUAAAUAAAUAGUUCAGUAUA